AUUAUGCUGUUUUAUUCACACUCAAUUUGAUUUAUUCAUUUGAUUGAUUGGUUUUGCAGAGCCGGGGUAUAAUGUAAUUUACGGUCAUCCUCACGGGUGCAUGACGGAACAUUCGGUUUUCAGGAAAAGGGGUUUUGCAGAACAUUUUGCACUCAUUUAACUAAAGACAAACGUUAGGUAUACACAUUCAAGUAAAACACACAGUCUAGUACAGCAAAAUAUAGUAGAUAUAACUAUAAUAUAGUAUUAUAAACUGUAUAAAAAAUUAAUAUAUAGACUCAUGUUGGUACUCUAUUUACGGGAUUUGUUCCAUACGCCAUCUAUAGGAAAAGGGCAGUAAACAACGUUAACUCUUGUGGACAUCGCUGGGUCAGCUGUGCUACUCUUGGCCCCUCUGCUGGCAGAGGCUGACACGGCCCCCCUGGCCUCCUCCAGACCGCCAGGCUUCACUGGGGUCGAGGGCCUUUACUCACGGUUCCACUGGAUGACUAAUUACGUACCCGCUUUUAGGGUCCCUGGAGGCCACAUCCGCAUCCUCCACUCACCUGAUGAGUUUUAUCAGACUAUGAAGGCACGGAUCAGAACAGCCAAGAGUCGUGUGGUCAUGGCUUCACUCUACCUUGGCACAGGGCCUCUAGAACAAGAUCUCGUUGACUGCAUGGAAGAGGCAUUAGAGCGCUCGCAAGGAAAAGAUGCACCAGAACUCAAAGUGGAUUUUCUGUUGGAUUAUACCAGAGGCUCAAGAGGUAAACACAAUUCUCGCACAGUGUUGUUGCCGCUACUCCAGCGGUUCCCGGAGCAGAUGAGAGUGUCCCUUUAUCACACACCUGACCUGAGGGGUCUUCUGCGCCUUUUGGUGCCUGAACGCUUCAACGAGACCAUCGGGGUGCAGCACAUCAAGGCUUAUCUUUUCGACAACAGUCUCAUCAUCAGCGGGGCCAAUUUGAGCGAUUCGUACUUUACCAACCGUCAAGACCGUUAUGUUCUUCUGGAGGACUGUGAAGAGGUGGCCGAUUUCUUUGCUGAGCUUGUGGGAGCUGUGGGUGACGUUUCUCUGCAGCUUCGACCUGACAACAGCGUGGAUACGAUGGAGGGGAUGGUGCAUCCCUAUAAAGGUAAUCGAGCAGAUUUCUCAGCAUCAGCACAGAGACGGAUCAUGGAGGUGGUCAACGCUGCCCGUGUCCGGCAGAACAUGCUAGAGUCAGAAUGCUCGGAAAAUGCGGACUGCGAUGAGACUGUGCAAAAUGACACCUGGAUCUUUCCUCUCUUGCAAAUGAAACCUCUGGGCAUUUACCUGGAUGAGCAGGUAACAAAACGACUGCUUACCGAGGCAGACGGAGACUCUGCAGUCUACCUGACGUCUGGUUACUUCAACCUUACAAAGACCUACAUGCGUCUAGUGCUGGGUGCUCCGACGGACUACAGGAUCCUUAUGGCCUCGCCAGAAGUUAAUGGGUUCUUUGGGGCCAGAGGAGUGGCAGGUGCAAUUCCCGAGGCCUACGUUCACAUUGCUAGACAGUUCUACAAUAAGGUGUGUCAGCUCGGUCAGCAGAGCCGCGUCCACUUGCACGAAUACCACCGCGCCGACUGGACCUUUCACGCUAAAGGGUUGUGGUACUAUGUCGGAAAAAGAGACCGCCCGUGUCUCACUCUUAUUGGCUCCCCAAAUUUCGGAUAUCGCUCUGUGCACAGAGAUCUGGAGGCUCAGAUUGCCAUAGUAACGGAGAAUGAGGAUCUUCAGGUCCAGCUGCAACAGGAACAGGAGAUGUUGUAUCAAAGAUCAACAGAAGUUUCAAGGUCAACGUUCAAUCAGCCUGACCGAUAUGUUAAGUUAUGGGUUAAACUGGUUACUCCAUUUAUCAAAAACUUCUUCUGAGAGACUGGAGGACGGGGUUGACACAUCUCUCACUAUCUGAGGAAGAUUAAUGGUCCAGAUGAAGGUGGGCCCAAGCAUGUGUAUUUCACAGUAUACACGGCCGUUUGGAAAUAUUCACAGUUCACUGGCAGUCUACGAGGAUGGAUUGAAAAGCCUGACUGGCCUUGCUGCUAUCAGCUCAUUGAGUCUCUGAUAAUUAGCGACCAUUUGACUUUUCAACUUCUUCGCUCUGAAAAAAAUGCAUGUCAAGCAACAUACAUGAGCGGCUCACUAGAAUAUUUACUGCCGGGUCAUGUGACUGACAUGUAUUUACAAACAUUAUGGCAGAUAUGAACCCUUGGUUUGAUGUGCAGUGCGUAAGUGAUCAUAACAUUUAUUGUACUUCUUUUACUAAAUAACAUUUUGUUUGGUGUCGUUACUGGACUAAUCUUUUAUCCGUUCUACAAAACCCCAACCCGUCAUUGUUUUUAUAUCGUAUCUUUUGUUUGGAAUAUCAGACGUUACUUCAUAUGAAAGAAACAUUAAGUGAGAAUAAAGUUCAUCUCGGGGGGGCUCAUGCCCACAGAUUUCA